AUGGAUAAUAUAUACAAGUUUAGAGCGAAUACUUCAAUCAAGCAUUUAUAGCAUUUGAAUAAUGAUAAAUAAUUUUAUUCUGAAGAUGAAUCCUCUGAAACAAAUUAGAAUCAAGAGGUUUACUUAAAAUAAAUCAGUAAACCACCCAGUAAGAUGUCACAUUUUAGUCAAAACCUUACAGGUUAUUAUACUGAUGAUUCAGACAAAGAUUCCUCAAGGGAUAUUAAAAGAGGACCAAUUAGUUAAAAACUGUCAAAAUUUAGGAAUUUAGUGAAUCCAAUAGAAGGGGAUGUUGAGGGUGCUUAGGAGGAAUAAGAAGAAGAUGCUCAAACAGAUAUAACACACAGUAAUUAUGAAGAUCCUUAUAACAUAACAAUAUAAUCAAGCAAACUUCAAUAGAAAUUGAAAUAGUACAAUAAUGAUGAGAUUUUUUUAGUAAAAUUGUAGAGAAAUGCUAAUUCUGACAUAGAAUACUCAAAAUCCAAAUAGAAUAUUAAAUGCAAAUUAUCAUCUCAUCCUUUUCGUCAUCUCAUAUAUGGUCCGUCCAUCAGUGAAACCUCAUUCAAUAAAUUUUUACACCUCAUCUAAAGAGGACUAAUCUAUGCUAAGCGAUGUCUUAAGGAACCCAGUUAUAAUUAUAUUAAGAGCAAAACUUAAAUGUUACCCGAAGCCAGAAUUCCUAAAACAAAAACUUUACUCUUGGAUUUAGAUGAAACAUUAAUCCACAGUUGUUCAGCUAGGGAUCAAUAUUAAACUUCCAUACCUGCUGUGAGCGACUAAGGAGAGCAUGCAAGAAUAUAUUUAAAUAUUCGGCCAUUUUGUUAAUGGUUCCUAUAGUAAAUGAGUUUACUCUAUACGAUCUAUGUGUACACUGCUUCGUCCAGUGCUUAUGCUAGCGCCAUUGUAAGGUACUUGGAUCCGAAGGGACAGUGGAUUUCUGGAAUUUUAUCAAGACAGAAUUGUUUGGAGACUAAAUAGGGGUUUUACAUAAAGGAUCUUCGGGUUAUUUCCAAUAAGCAAAUUAAGAAUAUGCUGAUUGUUGAUAACUUGGCUCAUUCGUUUGGGUUUUAGAUAGACAAUGGGAUUCCCAUACUGGAAUGGCAUGAUGACAUGAAUGAUUAGGAGCUCAAAUAUUUAGCAACCUAUUUAAUGGAAGCGGCCGAUUAGGAAAAUCUUGGUCUUUUCAAUAAAAACCGUCAAAGGCUACUUGAUUUAAUUGAAUAUAAAUUCGAUUGA